CCUACCCACUGACUCAAAUGCCCUUUUUAACUUAGUUUUUUUCUCCAUUUUUAUAUAAGCUUAUGUUCUCCAAAAGUCAGCGCUGUCCCUUGGGUCCCUUCUUCCCCACUCUCUUCUGUAACAUACACAACACACACACACACAUGAAAACCAUGAUAGAGACAUAGCUAAAAUUUAGGUUUUUUAACAUUUCCUCGCUUUUAACUUUAGAUUUCUUGCCCCUACCUAUCAUCCAUUUUGCCCCAUUUUCUCUGUAGCCAGCUAUAUAUUUUAUAUAGAGCUGAAAAUGGGUGACAACAAUUGGGAUCUAGGUGCGGUUGUAAGAAGCUGCAACAUUAGACCUAGUCAUGACACCAACAAGGUAGAAGUUCCCAGUUUAGGCUUAGAGUCUCUGACUUUUGAAAAAGACGAUGAUUGGAAUUUUUUCCAUAGUCUUUUAGAUGAUGACCGUGAUGACGACAUCAUGACUUUCGAAGGGUUAGCUGAUAUAUUCUCUAGGGAUGACCAAAAACCUGAUGCGCCUCAACCUUCUUUUAUCAGUGUUAUUCCUCCUAUUGCUGAUGAGGUCAAGAAUGUCCAAAAUGACCAACAGCCGCUGUUACAGCCCAUUCAAUUACCAGCUCAGCAGACCCAACCAAUUCCUCCACCACCACCACCAGCGGCGGCGGCAGCAGUAGCAGCAGAAGCAGCACCGCAGCAAGUGAUUCCGCAGCAGCAGAAUCUACGUCCAGUUCUGAAGCGGGCUAAAGUUCGUCCUACUAUCACUGUCCCCAUUAGAAAUCCUAUCAUCCAAAUUCGAAGAAGGAAAAAUCAGCCAGAAAAGACAGUCCAUGAAGUGAGACAAGAGGAACUCAUUGAUUUUACAUGGGCAUGGCGUAAAUAUGGUCAGAAGCCAAUCAAAGGGUCUCCAUUUCCGAGGAACUACUAUAGGUGUAGCACUUCAAAAGACUGCGACGCGAGGAAACACAUUGAGAAAAGCCUAAGGGAUCCAAACCUUUUUAUCGUCGCCUAUUCAGGUGAACACAAUCAUCCUCCCCCGGCUAACCGCUGCUCUCUCUCCGACAGCACCAAUUCCAAACCCAAAUCCAAGAAGCUUCCAAAAGGCAUAAACAUUGUUCCUAGGCGAUCCUUAAGCUUCAAUUCAUCUUCAUCUAAUGGCUCCGGUUCCAGUCCAAUUAGCCCAAAUACGCCACCUGUGUUCGAAAUCGAGAGCGCAACCCCAAACAAGAACGAAAUGGUGGUAGAGGAGAAGAAAGCAGGCAAUGAAGAGGAGGAGAAAGUUAUUCUGAUUCCUAACAAUUUCAUGACUGAAGAUAUUAUCAAAAGCUUUGAAGAACUCAAAGGAAUUACUACCGCAGACGAAUUCUCUAAAUCGUCCUUUUUUUAAAUGUUUUGUCCACCUAAUGGCAUGAAAGGGACAGAGGGAAUUAAGCAUAUGCAUAUUAUCUUUUCCCCCUCCACCAACUCUAUCUAUCACCUUUUUCUUUUAUAAUCAUGUUGUUAUAGGCUUCUAUUUUAAAUUUAGUGCGCGCAGGAAUUUCGGGUUUGUAGUUUGCAGUUUAACUAUGUACAUCGUAGACUAUGGUUUCUAGUCUAGCUAGAUAUGGACCAUUUUCAGUUUCGUUAUUCUGUUGUUCUCCAAUGACAAGUCUAAU